GGUCCCACGUCCGCUGUCUUUCCCAACUUGACAAGAUGGCAUCUGGACCAGAACACGGGUUGAAAUGGACUGUAUGGCAAAGGAUAAAGAACAGUAUCCUUGAGGACUGUAAGAAGCCGGGGCUAUGGAAGAUUCUCAUACUGGAUCAGUUUACGACGCAGCUGCUGUCUUCCUGCUGCAAGAUGUCCGACCUCAUGAGCGAGGGCAUCACCAUUGUGGAGGACCUGUUCAAAAUCAGAGAGCCUGUCCCAGAGAUGAAGGCCAUCUACUUCAUUACACCUACUGCAAAGAGUGUGGAGGCCUUCAUCAAAGACUUCAAACCCAAGCCGAAAUACAAAGCAGCUUAUAUCUACUUCACAGACAACUGUCCUGACGCCCUCUUCAACAAGAUUAAAAUGGAAUGUGCCCGGCACAUACGCGUUUGCAAGGAAGUGCACAUCUCCUUCCUGCCCCAGGAAUCCCAGGUGUUCACCUGCAACAACCCUGCAGCCUUCAAGAGCGUGUACAGCCCGCACAGUGAGGAUCGGGGCAAGAUGCUGGAGACUCUAGCUGACCAAAUCGUCACUCUCUGCGCCACGCUGAAAGAGAACCCAGGCAUCAGAUACAAGAAAGAUUCCACGGUGCAGUAUGCUAAGCAGUUGGCUGAGAUGGUGGACCGCAAGCUGGAGGAGCACUACCGACUAGACAUCAACUCAAAGAAGGAGAAGACCCAGUCCCAGCUGCUCAUUGUGGAUCGAGGUUUCGACCCUGUGAGUCCGGUUGUACAUGAGCUCACCUACCAGGCCAUGGCGUACGACCUGCUGCCCAUCGAAAAAGACACAUACAGGUACAAGAUGAAGGAUGGCACGGAGAAGGAGGCUCUGCUGAAUGAGAGCGAUGAGCUGUGGGUGCGGCUACGACACAUGCACAUCGCACAAGUCACAGAGCAAAUCCCCAAACUGGUCAAAGAGAUAUCAGCCAGCAAGAAGACGCCAGAUGCAAAGAUCUCAAUAGGAGGCCUAGCCAAUCUAAUGAAGAAGAUGCCGUCCUUUCGCAAGCAAGUAUCCCAGAAAACGGUGCACUUGAACUUGGCUGAAGACUGUAUGAACUGCUACCAAGGGAAAAUCGACAAGCUGUGUCAGGUGGAACAGGACCUGGCGGUGGGUAUGGACGUGGAAGGGCAGAAGGUAAAGGACCCGAUGAGGACCCUCCUGCCAGUGCUGCUGCCCCCUAAGGACAGAUACACCAAGCACGACAAGAUACGCGCUGUGCUACUCUACAUUUUCAGCCUCAACGGGACCACGGAAGAGAACCUGAACAAGCUGAUCGAGCAUGUGGAGAUCACCGGAGAACAGGACUACAUCCUCAACUGGAAGGAGCUGGGGGUGCCCAUCAUCAACUCUCCGGGCCUGCUGUCCAUGUUCCGCAAGUCAUCCAGGAGAGACCGCUCUCAGGACGGCAUGUACAGCGUGUCACGAUGGACACCAGUCAUCAAAGACAUCAUGGAGGAUGCCGUGGAUAAUAAGCUGCAGGACUGGCCCCAUGUGUCCGGAGCGCCCACAGCCUGGAACGGCUCUCGAGCAGUCAGUGCUCGUCAGAAGCACAAGACCUCUGCGGACGACCACCACGGCAGCUCCAAGCUCAUCGUCUUCAUCCUGGGUGGAGUCAGCUUCUCGGAGAUGCGCUGCGCCUACGAGGUCACUCAGGCCACCAAAGGCUGUGAAGUCUUCAUAGGGUCCUCCCACAUUCUGACCCCGACAAGUCUGCUUCACGAUAUUGAGCGCCUGAAUUCACUACCCAAGCAACAGUUCACUAUUGAGAAUGAGAAGAGCAGCCUCUAAGGACCAUAAUGUGCUAUGGUGCACUGCAACUUCUAACCCCGACCUCUCCUCUCCUCCCCUCUCCUCUCCUCCCUGCCCAGCACAUUUUCUCCUCCUCCACAGAGGGACUGAAGGGAAUCAUUAUUGCACGAUCACUGUUGUAUCUUAGCUCUUUGAAAACCAUUACCUUGUACUAUUACACAUAACCUGUGCCUAUUAUUUAAAUGCGUUAGAGAUUUGCGAUCAAUGAGACUGACUGACUGAGUGUCUGUGGCUGUUGUAAGAGUCACAAUGUACUGUGUUUGUCCUACGGGUGGAAAAAACCCCCACAGAGUUGCUGUACUGCCUUACUGGAGUGGUAUGCUAUAUAAACUUGUACAUAUUGUAUGUAUGUCACUACUGUUAACCCGCCUUACUGAUCCCCAGUAUGUUUUAUGUCGUGGCCAAUUAUGUAACUGCCACAGAGUGUUUUUAACAAAGCUGAUAAUUGAACAACUGACAAAAUAAAUGGAUGAAGUGGUUCAAUGGCA